AUGCGAGUAACGCGCUCUGCUUCCAAAGCUGCGUCGGCUUCAACGCCUGUAGAAACACCCCCUCAAGCCACCCCGGCCCGUACAGUUGCGAAGCGCAAAGCAGCGUCAACUGGGACAGGUUCCAAGAAGCCUCGCAAGGCCACGAAGAAUGAAAAUACUGCAGAGGAAGGUCAAGAACAAGAAGAGACCCCCGCAACUCCUGUGUUUGCUAUUCCACCACGAGUUUUAGCGGACGACGACUCGGAUGUCGUCCCAGCUGUUUUAAGUUUCUCGUUCGAUGAAGCGAAGAACCACCUCAUCAAAGCAGAUCCACGGUUUGAAGGCUUGUUCAAUGAGGUAACGUGCAAGCCCUACGAGAAAUUGGAGCGAGUUCACCCAUUCCAGGCUCUGGCCACAUCUAUCCUCGGGCAGCAAAUAUCGUGGAUGGCAGCAAGAUCCAUCAAUCACAGAUUCGUGCGCCUCUACAAUCCAACGCUCCCCGAGAAGCCGUCAGAUGUCGUCACCGACACCUCGGACCUCUUUCCAACCCCAGACCAAGUAGCCAAGACAGACCUCAACAUACUGAGAACUGCUGGACUAAGCGGCAGAAAAGCGGAAUAUGUCCAAGAUUUGGCAUCCAGGUUCGCUGAUGGUAGACUUUCGACAUCGAAGUUGCUGAACGCCAACGAUGAAGAGUUAGCAGAAAUGCUGAUUGAAGUUCGAGGAAUUGGCCGAUGGACCGUGGACAUGUUCGCAAUUUUCUCCCUUCGAAGGCCUGAUAUACUUCCAGUUGGUGAUCUUGGAGUUCAGCGCGGUGUAGCUCGAUGGUUCUUGGCCCUUCAUUCACCAACAUAUAAUAUUAGUAUAUCGCCUGACAAGGUCACUGGAGGUGAACUUAAAUCGACACCGCUGGACAAGGACGACGAUGAUGACGACGAAGAGGGCACGCUCCCCGUGUUCGGGACGACCAGUACUACCCCUGUUGAGCCCCAGGACGUGUCGUCUGUACCUCCUGGCGGCGUGGCAGCAACACCCAUGCCUGAUGGAAGCAAGAAGAAUGUUGCUGCAAUGCCUCCACCGCUGACACCCGCCACCAGGAAGAUACUCACCUCGACCAGUGCCCCAGCUACUCCUCUUCCGGGCGGGUUAACGGCCUCAGAUCUGAAGAGUCGAUUAGAUGGCAAGAAGAAAAUCAAGGGAGCGUUGAUCACACCCCAAGAGAUGGAGGAGCUCACUACCCCAUGGAAGCCCUACAGAAGCCUCGCCGUGUAUUACAUGUGGGCCCUUGCUGAUGGUUAA